AUGGAUUCGAGGAGGUCUUUGUCUGCUUCUCUUUUCAUGAUCUCAAUCAAGUACCUUAUCUAUUUCACCCAUGUAAGGGGUAAUUGCCACAGUACUUGCCCUAAACCUAAUCCAAACCCUAACCCAAACCCGACUCCUGCCAAGCAGAGCUGCCCCAUAGACGCCCUAAAACUGGGAGUCUGUGCCAAGCUGCUUAAUGGAACGGUUGGUGCCGUGGUUGGGACCCCACCGGAUACCCCUUGCUGCUCACUUCUAGGAGGGCUUCUCGAUCUUGAAGCCGCUGUCUGCCUCUGCACUGCCAUUAAAGCAAACAUCCUUGGCAUCAACCUUAACGUUCCCGUUUCGCUGAGCUUGCUUGUCAAUACUUGUGGGAAGAAGCUUCCCUCUGGCUUCAAAUGUGCCUAGCUAGGCACUUCUUCAGAUAAUAUAUAUAUAUAUAUAUAUAUGUUCAACAAAACUUGUGUGAUUAAUUUCGUACUUGUGGAUUUUAAUUCUGAAAUUGCUAUUGUAUGCGUGAAUUUCUACUUUUUUAAAAAAUGGUCAAGGCUUGUCUUAUUUAAGGAAACUAAUUAAUUGGAA